CGAGCGCAGGCCGUGAUGUAGUUUAGGGCCUCGGUCUCUCUUAGUUGGCGACGGUGUCUCUCACGAGGAGGAUUCGCCGCCGCACCAAAACCAACAAUACACUCGGCGAGUCCGACUGUUCGGCUUAUAUUCGCUCUGACGUCCUCACGAAAAUCGCGACGAUGGCAAGCUCCUCAGAGGGAGACACCGUCAAGCCGACGAACACGAACAAAUCAACGACUGGAACUAACAUUCUCGCACCCAAGGAGGGUGCGAGAAAACGACGACGAUUAGAAUCUCUGACAACGAACUCGGAGAUUCCUAAGAAAACGCAGCGACGCGACGAGUCGUGCAACUCCUAUGCUGAAGCAACCAGCGAAAAAAGGGUUGAGCAUGUAGAAAACAAAAGGGACUCAUCGCUGCCACGUCUGAGAAAGAAAGAGCCGACUGGGCCAAUAAAUCCGCAAGAUGUUCGAAUGUCACGGUCUUGCGAAACAGGCGUGGGAAGAAGUGAUGCGACCAGAUUGAGGAAAACUAUACAAUGGCUCGAAGAAGGAGCGCGAAGGCUACGCGAGGACCUGGCGAACGUGCGGACGGAGCUACAUGAAGAGCGAAGGGCAGCAAAAGUUGCUAAAAGGGAGUUCGAAACUACCCUCAGAGAAGUCAGAUUUGCAGAGGCUGCAAAGUACCAACCGAUCAUAGCUGACCUAAAGACCAGGAUCGUUCAGUCUGUGUCGCCGUCGCCGUCGCCGUCGCCGCCAUUCAAAUCUGAUUCCGCGAAAGAUGAGAGCCACAAGCGUGAAUUAUCAACCCUCAGAAAGCGCUUGGUUGAGGCUGAGGGCACGAUACGAAGACUCGAACAAUUGGUGAAAUCUCAAGCGAGCACUGCUCGCAAUGCCAAUGGUACUACUUCUUCCAGCGGUGAUGCGCGCCGGCUGGAAGCGGAAAUACGAAAUCUACGCGCAGAAAACGAGAAACUCGAAGAAAAAUUGCGUAUCGCUCUAAAUGCCGAGAAAACUCGCAUCGCUGAGAUACGAGCUCAACGGGAGAAUCACGGAGCUGAACUUUCCGCAUUGCGAAAAUCACUUCGCAGCGAAGCUAUAAAAAUGAUGGAUGAGCUGCGUGGCAAGAGCCGAGAGAUUGAGAAGCUGUCGAAGCUCUUGAGACGACGAAAGUUGGCGCCGGCCGAGCAGGAGACGAUGCGGAAAUUACGAGAGAACGAGGGGAAUCAACCGAUACAGUCAGUAUCUCGCAUAGAGAAGAAGAUUUUCAAAGACGAUGGUCAAAUGGUGAGGUCAUAUAUGCGCGCAAUAGAAUCCGACACAGCCAUAAAUGAAAUCGAGGUCGAGCGCCUUCGUGAACUCGCGCUUGAGCAGCAGGAAGUCAUCGAAAUACUUAGACAGGCGGUUAAGGAGAGAGAGAGAAAGUUGGAGCAGUUGUCCAACAAAAAGAGGAAGGAGGAAUUUUAUAAACAGUGGCUAGAGUUGGAGCCAGUAGCCGAAGUCGAUGACGAGGAGGACCAUGAAGAUGAUGACAGCGCUCUGUCGAGCGCCCCGUCUUCGAUGUCGCCACAGCCUGGAGGCUAUGGUCAGUGGCAGGGCAACGGUGUCACUAGAGAAGCGUAUGAGGCUGUUCUCGUUGAGGUCGAGGAGUUACAGUCGAAGCUUCUUAAAGAGCAACGCGAACUGUCGCAUGCUCGGAUUCAAAUUUGCGACUUGGAGAAGGCGCUCUUGCAAGAGAGAUGUGCCGAUCGUGACAAAGAGUUGGGCGAGCUGAAUGAUAAGCUUCGAGCCGCUGAGGAACGAGAAGCCACGCUCUUGGUGGAGCUCUCAGAAAUACGAGAGCAGAACGAGCUGCUGGAAUUUCGAUUGCUUGAAAUGGAGGAACUACCCGUGCGCAAGGACAGCCCCGAUACGAUGGAUAGCGGUAUAGUCUCACCGGAGCCUGCUCACACGAACAAGGAUUACUCCAUUAACAAACAGAGAAGCCGCGCCGUGGCAACCGUGAUACCCUACACGAAUAACACCACGAUGAACUCUGUAAAAUCCACGUCACCCGUGUUACCACGAAAGCCCCCGCUCACCCUUCAAGAGAGCGGUAUCUUCGAGGAGGAGGAGGAGGAGGAGGAAGAGCAGGAGAUGGGAAAAGAAUACGAAGAUGAGGAGGAACGCGAAGUCGAGUUCUCCAGUCGCGGUACUCAGACAGAGGCGCCGUCCGGCGAGCUCCUGCAGGAGGUACAACGUCUUCAAGAACUGAGAGCCCGGAUUCAGGAACGUGCGGCCAAGAUCACAGCACCGGUCUUCCAUCCGAUUGACUCGUCCAAGCUCUGUCUCGACGUGUCGACAGUCGACUCGAUAGUUCAGCUGACUUCCUACCAGGAGCGCGUUCGCGACCUCGAGGAGAGACUCGAGGAAUACGAGGAAGCCGAGAAGUGUCGGGGCCGAGAGAAGCAACUGUCGAAACAACGAGAGGAGGAGCUGCUGGAUGAAAACUACAGGCUCACAGAGAGAAUAUACUGGUUGGAGAACGAACUACGGAUCAUCGCGAAACAUACCCUCGACGUGAGUGACAGCGGAAACAGAGGCGAGACGACUGUCGCGCAGCAGCAAGUGAAGAACGUGGACCAGCAUGAGUGUCAAGAGCCAAAGGAUACACGGGUUUCGGAAGAUAUGCAAGAUCAACAAGAUGCAAACUGCACGCGCGCUGUUCAAACCGUAGAGGAUUACGUGGCUACGGAAUGUUCCCGGUGCCGUGAUAAAGAUAAACAAAACUCCGGCCAGCUGAGCUUGACUCUGAACGCUCAACCCAAUGUCACACUUGUAUCCGUGGAGGAGAAGAAGGAAGACGAACUGAAACCAUUUAAAUCCGAAGAACCUGCCGUUGUAGAUCGUACCAAAAGCGACUUGGGAAAGAAGGUGAUCUAUUUUCGCUGGAGAUAAAGGCGAGAAGAGGUCCUCCGUCGUCUCUCGUCGUCGCAGACUCUGUCCAUCAACCCACGAGUUUCACACGUAGAGUCAACAAACCCGUGGGUGAAACCCGCGGCACAAACGAGGACAAUACGGCUGGCGCUGCUUGGUGUGCCCAAGUGACGAUCAGAAAUGGUACGUCCUAGAAAUAAAACGAGGGCGCCCGCGGAUUGAGUGCCAACCUGAACCCUCGGUUUGGCGUAACCUUCACCUCCCCACGUCACGACCAAUUCUUUUUAUACAAGCUGUGAAAUCAAGUGCCAAAUAAGCCGUAGAUUAAAAUAUCUCCUUCACACGCGAGCGUAAAUUAUGUAAAGCUUUAUUGCAAAAAGAAAAAUAACUAUAACGAUGCUCUGUAACAAUCAUUGCAAUGUGCAGUAAUUAUUGUUAAAUAAUUUCACGUAUGAUUCAAAACCUUUGCGAUCGAUGCAUUUCUAAGAGAUGGGAAUACGCCCAGAGAAAAUCAAAUUAAGAGACGAUUGCGCUGCACGAACCUGCACUGUUCCUGCACCCCGAAGCGACGUAUCUUCGAAUUCCUAAAUACGUCCGCAUCGAAAUUUAAAUCUACGUUUUUCGUUCGUAAAUUUAAAUUUGAUACAACAAAGGAAAAAUUGCACGCCCAUAGGCUAAUUUGAGAUGACACACUUCGCACGUGUGUGUGUGUGUCGCAAAUUACCGCGUGAUUCUCGAUGAUACUGACGCAUUCAGCGGUCUACAAAGGCACGUCUGUGCGGUGCUAUUCGCGCUGAGAACAAAGAUUCUAUAGUGUCUGUAUUAAUGACUAUUGGAAAUGCUAUUAUAUUUUAUUAUACACUGAACAGUCGUUAAAGAGUAAUUGCCGGAAAGUAAUAUAUAUAUACAUAUCGUAGGGAAUAUAUAAAUUCCUUAACAGAUCGAUUUACUUCACUCCGAUGUCUUCUUCUUUUAGAUUUUCCUUUUCAACUUUCUUGCACGCCGAUUCUGCGCGAUGUAAGUUACGUAGUAGAAUUAUGUAUUGAAUUAAAACGCGAAAUAAUUGCUACCUUCUAAGAUAAUUUCAUGAAUGUUAUCAUGAAACUAAGCUAGGCUUGCGUGUGUCUCUUUAUAUUUGUAUCUGAAAAAUAUAUAUAUAUACGCGUAUGGUUCAGCAUUUAAUGUAUCAUCGAUAUGUGUAUUAGAGUGUGAACUAUGAUGUGUUUCUAGUCCUACUUUUCGUUCGUUGAACGUAGCGUACCUUAGCGCGCACAUUGACUUUGAGUGAUUUUGGUAGAUUUAGCAUCUUUCGCAAGAAAAGUGUGUAUAUCCGCAAGCGCUUACCGUAUUUAUGCUGUAUAAGUUUCCGGAAGCGAAAAUUCAAGCCUGUCAAGGGACUCGCUGACAGGUUUGUUAUAGAAUUGAUUUUAUUCGUCACGUUUGUAUCUACGAGAAACGAAUAAAAUUUUACAUCUGUA